AUUGGUCAUUCGCUCCCACUAUCCAGACUCACACAGUCCACACUCCCCGCAUCUGGCGACAUUGUGUGCUCGGCAGUCUCGGACUCGGAGUGAGAGCGAGCAACAAGAGGAGGAAAUGGAGAAGCGACACGGCGGCGGAGGUUGCACCCUGCUCCACCUCCUCGGCACCGCCGCCGCCAUGGCGUUCCUGCUGCCGCGGUCCGCCGGAGCUGCCAACGACGCCAAGUGGCACGCCCAUGCCCAUCCGGUCGCCGGCGCCGUCGGCCACGGUGCCCCCGCGCCCCACGAACACGCGGCCGGCCUCUCGCCGCUCUCGGCACCGCCGCCCACCGCGGGAGCCGACGACGACUUGCUGCCGCCGCCGAGCCGCGCGCCCGUGCAGAAGGCCGCCCCGCACUUCGGCUUCCCUCUGCAGCCGGGCGACGCGUCCGCGGCGGCCCCGUCCGGAAGCGAGGGGUACCCGUUUAUCGGCAGCAACCCGACGGUGCCGCUGCCCACCGGCAUGACCGACACCUCCACCGUGCUGCCGCUGCCGGACACGGGGACCGGGGACGCCACCACCAAGGCGGUGGGGUUGGCAGCGUCCGUUCGUGCUCCCGUCUCCUCCAUGAUUGGGCUUGGGGUUUUCCUCGCCACCCUGUUCCUGUGUGCAACAUCUAAUCAUAUAAUACACUUGUACUAGCCUUGAGCUCUUGGCAUGAACUAAUCUAGAGAUCUGCUACCAGUUCCUUUCAA